GGUGCAAAAUGUAAAAUGUUAAAUUUACACGGCCCUUCGCCUAAAUACUUAAAAACUCUGGAUCAAUCAAUCCGGCAAAACUCGGUAAUCCAGCUCCACAUCUCUCUAGGGUUUAAGACCUGAAAAUUUCCACCGAGAAAUCAGUUCGAUCGGAGGCAGAAAUGGCGAUGAUCCAGCGGUGCAACGCGGCAUUGCGGCGGAUGGCAUCGGCCGCUGAGCUGCGGAUGGCAUUCUCCUCCCUCGCGUCGUCCAUGGCGGCGCCGCCGGGGGAUGCGAUAUUGUGCGGCCGAGGAGACAAGAAGACUAAGAAAGGAAAGAGAUUCAAAGGUUCGUUCGGAAACUCCAGGCCUAAAAGGGAGAAGAAAAUCGAGAGGAUCAAGGAUAAGGUAGAGGUGCCGAGGUCCACUCCUUGGCCUCUCCCUUUCAAGCUCAUCUAAGUUUUCGCUCACAUUUUUCGUUGUUGUUUGCGAUGUUUAAUGUACAUUUUUUCCAUGAGUUAAUAGGAAAAAUCUAGUGUUCAGUUGAAUCGAUUAACUCAGAAAAGCUCGUGGUUGAAGCUAGAUUCUAUUAGUGUUUUGGUUUGGUUUGAUGAAUUCAGUUAAUCAAAUGGAACCAAACAUCUUGAGUAGCUAAUUGAUGUUCAUUGGUUUGCUUGAUGAGCUGAUCAUGUGCUAAGCUACUCUAAAAUUUACUAAUAGACGAAUAAGCUAUUUAAGCUUUUGCAUA